UGGAGAUGCAGCAGCAGUAACCCCAAAACCCCUUUUCGAGAAAAGGUCGAAAUCAGUAAAGCAGAAGAAGCAGCUGCUCUUGUUUCGGGAGGCAAAGCGCCAUGGCUCAGCCUCAGGAAGCUUACGCCACACGAAACCCCAAUAAUAUCCGUACCGACGUGCUCGCUGAAGCCAGACAAGCUUGCUAUAAGGCUCGCGAUGCUUUCUAUGCGUGUGUAGAGAAGGAAACGGACAAGAAACCUACUGAAAUUGCAUCUGUGGGGCUCUUGUACCCCUCAGAUUGCAAGGCUUCGAGGGCCGAAUUUGAAAAACUGUGCCGAGCUUCGUGGGUGAACCACUUCGAUAGACAGUACUGCAAGAACAGAAGGGUACAGAGGCUUUUGGAUGAUAAAGAAUCGAGAAGAGGGGUAUAAGGCUUCGCUUUGGCCCCUGGUGAUGGUGGAACUGUCAUCUUGGUAAAAUUUUGGGUGAAUAUCGCCAUUCAAGUCAAGAGAAAGUGCUUCUAGAAUGAACUUAUAGCUUGCUGCAGCAUUUUUACAUUGGGAUGUUGUUAAUUUCUUGGUGUCUAUUCUUUUCAUGGCAUUGGGGACUAAAUUGGGAAAGAAAAAUUAUUUUCCCCCCUCUGGACAUGAAAAGAUGUGUUUUCUGUCCUAGCAUGAAGAAAUAAGUAUCGUCAUACUAACUCUACGGUCCAUGUCUGUGAUUCUGAAUACCUAGUCUAAAUUUUCCUUAUCGUUGGAAAACCAAGUGUACAAUGCUUGUAUUUCCACGUUAAUUCAGGUUUGGACUUUUGCUUUA